CAAAUCAUUCAACAUGAUAUUGUUCAACAAGAUACUAUCAUGAAUAAUUCUAAUGAAGCAAAUAUACAAUCUAAUAUUUCUAUUGAUGUCUUAUCUAUUGAUAAUGAAAUACGAAAUUUUGAGAAUAAUGAAGGUGAAUCUUCUGAACAUGUAGAGGAGCAAGCUGAAAAUCAAGAUAUAAUAAAAAUGAUCGAAAAUAUAAAUAUGUUUAGUACUAAUAAUCAAAUUACAUAUGAUGAAGCUAUUAGUGAAAUUACAUAUAACAAAGCUAUUAGCGAACAUAACAAAUCAUUAGAAAAUUGGUUAUUGUUUAAAAAUUUAAAUAAUGUAUUGUAA